AUGUUGACGAGGAUGGUCAGAGAACAUGAUGAUGCUCAACAAGUAAAGAGAGAAAUGCAAGGUGAAUAUUUAUUCUUGUAUCUUGCCCUUCUAAACGGAAAAAAGAAAAAUGAAGCCAUCGUAGCGGCACAAAGUUUAACAGGAGCUGUCGUCGAUCAUCUGAAUCAUUCAAGUAAAAAGUUGGAGAAAAAUGCCACAGAACUUGCGCGACAAACAGAACAGUGGAUACAGAUUACUGAUUCACUCAACCAAGCUUUGAAGGAAAUCGGAGACGUUGAAAACUGGGCAAAGACAAUUGAAACCGAUAUGAAAAUUAUAUCGGGUACAUUACAAGCAGUUUUCGGAG